AUGGCUUCUGGGGCUGGCAGUAAUGGCUCUGGCACUGGCUCUCCUUGUGGGGCAUGCAAGUUUCUGAGGAGAAAGUGUGCCUCUGACUGUAUCUUUGCACCUUAUUUUUGCUCUGAGCAAGGGCCUGCUCGAUUUGCUGCCAUUCACAAAGUGUUUGGUGCUAGCAAUGUGUCCAAGUUGUUGUUGCAUGUCCCUGUUCAUGAUCGUUGUGAAGCUGUUGUCACAAUUGCCUAUGAAGCUCAAGCAAGAAUCAGAGAUCCUGUUUAUGGAUGUGUGGCUCACAUUUUUGCCCUGCAACAACAGGUGGCAUGUUUGCAAGCACAAUUGAUGCAAGUAAAGGCUCAAGUGGCUCACCAGAGCCUUGUUGAUUCAAGGAACAUAGAGAGCACUCAGUGGCCAGGGAAUGUGAAUGGAGUCACAAACUUUCCAAAUUAUCCAAGUUACAUGAAUCCUAUUUCACCUCAGAGCUCGCUUGAAUCCAUUGACCACAACUGCAGUGAUAUUGCUAUGAAUAUGCAGGAGAUACAAAGCAGCAGAGAUGACUUCUCAUACCAAGCUUGUUCUAAGAAGAGAGCAUACAAUGGUGACUUGGGGGAGCUUCAAGCACUGGCCCUCAGAAUGAUGAGAAACUGA